AUGGCAAGUUUUCCUGUGAUUCAAAUAACAGAAGGCGAAUGGACAUCAGAAAAAUUCUGGGAUAUUUUGGGUGUGAAAGUGCCAGAGUUUUUCACCAAAGAUCCGGCUUUGCUAGCCGACUAUAUCUCCAACUUUGAGACGCGACCAGAUGAUGUUUUCGUGGUUACAUAUCCGAAGUCAGGUUUGUUCAUCGUUAUCGUUUUUUUGUAUAGAUCAUGAACGGAUUUUUUGGAUAAUAUAAGGAUCUACUACCACGAGAGUUUAGGUUGUUUUUAUACACUUUGUUGGUUCAUGGGCCGAAAUUGGAGCUUUCUUUAUUGACCCCCGAUUUUUUGCCGGCGCUCUGCGAAAACCGAAAUCCGAAGAGUCCAAAUUUGUCGGCUCUUUAAAGAAAAAUCCGAACUCCCCUGUUUAAAACACCGCCAUCCUCAGGGGGUUGCGGAUAAAAAAUGAAAUGUUCCCUGAUUUUAGCCAUGGUCUUAACAUUUUAUUCUAAAUUCUUCAGUUCACGUACGGUUCCCUCGCCGCUGGCCCCCUGCCCGCCCCCGCACAACCUACACAUAAAAUGGGUCGGCUGUGUAAACCGUAUCGGUUUCUCUGUUUAAGUAGAUGGGGGAAUAGCCUGCGAACAGCAAACGUAUUUCCGGUCGUCGCUUUUCGGAGGGAGACAAGCGACGACCGGGAAUACGUCUGCGCUUCGCAGGCCUGGGGGAAGGGAUACUACUUCAAAUUUAUUGUGCACAUGCAUAUGAAUUCUGACUAAUUAUCAAUCUUCAUUAUUUCAGGGACGACUUGGGUACAGGAAAUCGUCUGGCAAAUCUACAAUGAAGGAGCUGUCAGCAGUGUCAAGCACGUAUUCCGAUUUCCAUUUCUUGAACCCACUGCCACUCACGAAAAACUGGCUGAGCUCAUUGAUCUUAAAACAAUGCCAAGUCCUCGCCUGAUUAAGUCCCACCUUACCUACAGCACUACCCCGAGAAGUACAAAUAAGGAUGAUCAGUGUAAAUAUAUUUACGUUGCUCGCAACCCAAAGGAUACAGCAGUGUCGCUUUUCCAUUUCACGGAGCGAUUGUCUAAAGAGACAGGCAGUGGUUACAAUGGGCCAUGGGAAUUUUUUGCCAAGUUAUUCAUAGAGGGAAAUGGUAAGUUUUCCUAUGAUUUAGGUAAAGAAAUGUUAUCACUUUUAAGGAAGUAUACGCACCCCUAGUCAACCCCCUAGUCUCCUUCGCAGCCGUUAUCAGGGUCGUCACGCAACGCUCCUCCCGGGAGGAGCGUUGCGUGACGACCCUAAUAACGGCUGCGAAGGAGACUAACGUACCCCCGCGUAUUACUCACCGUUGUGUUGUCACAUAAUCAUUUGAAGAGUACAUGUUAUUGAAAUCAAAGCGCACAAAAUUAUCAAAUAUUUGGAAAAUUUCACAGGACCUGUAGCAUUGAUUAUUAAAAAAACACACACUUUUAAAGCCAAGGUAUAUAGAUCUUGAAGCAGCUAUAGAAUAGUUUAGUGCAAAAAACCUGUCAUUAAAUAAAAAUGUUGAGCCAGCUGUUGAGUAGAGAGAAAUUAGGAAAAUGAAAAAUGGGAAGAAUCUUUUCCCCAUCAGUAACCCCAUAACUCAAUCUCUGUUUUGUUCCCAUUUUUCCCAUUCCAUGCUCGUUUUCUUAGGACGUCCACCACUUCUUGACAAAAAGAUUGGUAUAAUAAUAAUAAUAACAAUAAUAAUAAUAAUGAUAAUACUACUACUACUACUACUACUACUACUAAUAGUAACAAUAAUAAUAAUAAUAAUAAUAAGUACUCUUUUAUACUGCAAAAAAUAGAUUACUGAGUAUAAAAAAACAGCUGGUAUAAACCUAUGUGCAGUAAUAAAAUACUUCAAGAUUAAAAAAAAAACAAGAAUUAUAGUACAUAGUAAAAAAAAGAAGAAAGACUGAUAUUUACAAUAAAAAAGGUGUUAAAAAAAUAAAAUGAAUUAAACUACAAUCUACAUUUAUGCUUUGUUUUGCCUUGUUCUUGCAAAUACUUAAGUGUUUUUCCCUUAAGAGAUCCUAAAAUAAGGCCAUCAGCCCGUAAUUCAUUGGGUAAGUCGUUCCAAUCCUUUGCUCCUGUGAAUUUAAAGUAGACUGGCCUGUUACACCUCUUAAAUUAUGUAAAUUAAGAAAGGAGGAAACUAUCAAAAAGGGUGAACCGGGGCUGGCCUUGACUAGACUUAGAAAUUAGAAUGAUUUCUUAUUUCAUACACAAGUUUGUGUUCUGAUAUCUCGUUAUUUUUAUUGCUAAUUGUAGUCAUCUAUGACUUUUGGAAAGAUCAUGUUAUUGACUGGUGGAAACAUAAAGAUGAUCCUAAUGUCUUGUUUCUCAAAUAUGAAGAUCUACACAAGGUAAUACUUAAAAAUACUUUAACGACAUUAUAAUAGUUCAAAUUUCCUGCACAAGUCUCUGGCAAAAUCAAUUCCAUUUAGUUACCCCAGAACUAGAGGUAUAGACUUCAAAGAACUCAGUGUUGAUGUAUUACUAUGAGCUGUUAUUAAUAAAGCAAAUUUGGGGCACUGAAGACUUUUCGUUUAUUCAUUCAUUAAUUUAUUUUGCCAUUAACCACAUAAAAAACACAAGAAAUUUAUAAUAUUUUUUAGAUGUUAGACACUAUCCUAAAAAAGUAUUUUACACAUGUUCAUAGUGAUAAUGACAAGGAAGCCUGUAAGAAGCUAGGGGGCUUAUGAACUAUAGGCUUCCUGACACUUUAGGGUUUGAAUUAAGGGUACUGAAUGAAAAAUGGAUUAUUUAAAAAAGCAAAGAAAAGAAAAAGUACCUGUAUGUUGCUCAAAAAUUUUAAAAAGAGUAUAUUUGACCAAGAAAGAAAGAAUUUUUUAAGUCUUUUUCCAAACAAACCGAUACUUUCACUGUUUUGGCUUUCAACUACCGUGAUAAAAGGACAUUAAAAUCUAAAACGGUACUAAACACUUAUUAUUCUUAGGAUCUACCAUCCCAUGUGCGAAUUAUUGCAAAAUUCCUGAACAAGCCACUGUCAGAUGAACUCAUCAAUCGUAUUGCGGAGCAGUGUACAUUGGAAGCGAUGAAGAAAAAUGAGAUCAGUUACAAGAUGAGGGAUGAACAAGAGAGUUCGCCGUUGUUGCGGAAGGGCGUGGUGGGAGGAUGGAAGAGUUAUUUCACUCCAGAGCUGAAUGAAAGAUUUGAAAAGGAAGUGUUGGCAAAACUGGAAGAAACUGGAUUAGAGUUUGAUUUUGAAAUAUAG